AUGCCCUGUUCAACCCUCAACUCCAUCAUUCCGCCCCGAUCCCAUCCCAUCCCGCCUGUCCCCAAUCCCGCUCCCGUGGGCCCGGCCCCUCUGCCGCCCCGCCCUCGAAGAAAGCUUUGUCUUGGAAGAGGACUUAUCUACUACUACUACUACUACUACUACUACUACUACUACUACUACUACUAUCCCAAGCCUGGACUGGAUAUACGUACUCAAUAG